CAGAGCUUCUUUACAUCACAUCGCGAAAUUUCCCAAAGCAUCAUGGCACCAACAGCAACGCAAUUCGAGCUCGCGCAGCCCCCCAACGACGCCAUCUCGGCGCUCGCCUUCGCGCCGGACUCGCCGUCGCGGCUCCUGGCCGCUUCCUGGGACAAGAACAUCUACCUGUACGACACGCUGCAGAGCAGCGACGACGACGAGAACAGCCACGGCACGCUGCUGCGGACGUACGAGCACCGCGCGCCCGUGAUGGACGUGUGUUUCGGCCGCGACAGCAGCGAGGCCUUCAGCGCCGGCAUGGACUGGCAGGUGCGCCACAUCGACCUCGAGACCGGCGACCAGAGCACCGUGAGCAAGCACGCGGCGCCCGUGAGGCGGGUCGUGUAUAGCCGAGAACACUCCCUCCUCAUCUCUGCCUCCUGGGACAUGACCCUGCACGUCCACGACCCGUCCAACCCAUCCCUAGCCCCCCUCACCGUUCCGUUACCGGGCAAGCCUCACGCCAUGGCCGCGAGCCCGUCAAAAGUAAUCGUAGCCAUGACCUCGCGGCUCGUGCACAUCUACGACCUAUCCACACUCUCCAGCGCGCUAUCCUCACAGACCGACUCCGCGCCGGCGCCCUGGCAACAGCGCGAGUCAUCCCUCAAAUUCCUGACGCGCGCCGUGGCCGCCAUGCCUUCCGACGCCGGGUACGCCACGUCCUCGAUCGAGGGGCGCGUAGCAGUCGAAUGGUUCGACGCGAGCGCCGAGUCGCAGGCGCGCAAGUACGCCUUCAAAUGCCACCGAACGGCUACACCCACCGCCACCGACGGGCCCUCCUCCACCUCCACCCCCUCCGCGGACGUCGUAUACCCCGUCAACGCGCUAGCCUUCCACCCCGUGCACGGCAGCACCUUCGCGUCGGGCGGCGGCGACGCCACCGUCGCCCUCUGGGACGCCGAGGCCAAGCGCCGCAUGAAAGUCUACCAGAAAUUCGCCGACAGCGUCGCCGCGCUGGCCUUCAGCGCCGACGGCCGCUACCUCGCCGUCGCCGUGUGCCCGGGCUUCGAGACGGGCAUGGAGGACUACAGCGGCGAGGGGCGGACCAAGAUUUUCGUCAGGGAGCUCGGCGAGAACGAGGCUUUGCCUAAGGGGAAAGGGAAGUGAUAGAUUUGAAUUUGAUUGGAAUUCUAAUUAAAAAUUAAAUGAAAAAAAAUCGAGGUUAUGUGGGAUUCAUUCUGGUUUUUGAUUCUGUGUAUCCAUAUAUCGAUUCCCUGCUGCAAUUCUCAAGGACGGGCUUAGGCCCAAAUUUGGCUGGCGUUAAAAGGAGAUGGGGAAUAUGAAUUCUAUAAAAAUUGCCCCUUUUUACUAACUUACACGUGGUGCUUAUGAGUUCCGCGUGUUUCGUUAUAACUGUUUUUAUAUACUUGAUCUGCCACAUCUUGGAAGCCCCUCAAAGAAAUCGUCCCAGAUUCCGAAA